AUGGAUUGCCUUUUCCUUUUGAUAUGGACUUUACCUAUUCCAUUAGUCAGCUGCAGUUCAGUGAAGUUAUCCAGCCUCUGGUUUGGGAAUAUUAUGAAGACUUUGCAGAUAUGCUGCUCCUUUUCAAUGUCUUCUGUCACGGCCACUUUUACCAGUGUCACCAGUGGACUAAAUCAUGAUUAUGUAUUUGUGACCCCCAUUGAGGUGGACUCCACGGGAGGCUACAUCUCACAUGAUGUGAUGGGGGGCAGUCGGAGGAGGAGGUCCCUGCUGUCUUCCAAGGGCUCCCUGCACUACAAGCUGUCAGCCUUUGGGAGAGACAUGCACCUUGACUUGAGGCCCGCCAAGGUGGUGGCAGAUGAGUUUACCGUACAGACCGUUGACACAGAGGGCUUCACCAUUACAGCUCAGGAGCCUGACUUCCACAACUGCUUUUAUCAGGGAUUCAUACGAAACCACUCUGCUUCAUCAGCAGCCAUAUCUACCUGUUCAGGCCUGUCAGGUUUGAUCCGGACAGCAGACGAGGAGUUCUUCAUUACCCCCUUGCCCCAGCACCUGGCUGUGGAGCACAACUACAGUGCUCCCAGUGGACACCACCCACACGUGGUCUAUAAACGCUCAGCUGAGAACCGGAUAUACAACAGCAGGCCAACAUCCGACUUCCCAAGACCAUUCAACCCUUCCCUGCAUCUCCUCCAUCACCACAAGCACCAGCAUGGGAAACUGCAGAGGCAACACUUCUGUGGACAACACAAGCAAUACACUCCUAAGCCCCCUGCCGAGGAUCAACCCAUUAUGCCUGAUGAGUUUGAACUGCAAGGCAGGGCCAAGCGCUCACCUAUCACCUCCAACAAGGUGGGGGGGCUGAAUGUGGAAACACUGGUGGUAGCAGACCGGAAAAUGCUAGAGAAACAUGGAAGAGAGAACGUCACCACCUACGUCCUAACCGUCAUGAACAUGGUAUCCAGUCUUUUCAAGGAUGGCACCAUUGGAACUGAUAUAAACAUUGUUGUUGUCAGCCUCCUUCUUCUUGAGCAAGAUCCACUGGGCCUGAUGAUAAACCACCAUGCUGACCAGUCCCUGAAUAGUUUCUGCCAGUGGCAGUCAGGUCUUGUCGGGAAGAAUGGGAAACGUCAUGACCACGCCGUGCUGCUUACUGGGUUGGACAUCUGCUCCUGGAAAAAUGAACCUUGUGAUACUCUUGGUUUUGCCCCCAUAAGUGGGAUGUGCAGUAAAUACCGGAGCUGCACCAUAAAUGAAGACACAGGACUAGGUCUGGCUUUUACCAUAGCACAUGAAUCUGGGCACAAUUUUGGCAUGAUUCAUGAUGGUGAGGGGAACCCAUGCAGGAAGGCGGAGGGAAAUAUCAUGUCGCCCACAUUGGCCGGAAAAAAUGGUGUUUUCUCCUGGUCUGCCUGCAGCCGCCAGUACCUCAGCCGGUUCCUUGGAACAGCUCAAGCUUCUUGUUUGGUGGAUGAGCCGAAGCAAAUUGGACAAUAUAAAUACCCUGAGCAGCUCCCUGGCCAGCUGUAUGAUGCUGACACACAGUGCAAAUGGCAGUUUGGCUCAAAGGCAAAGCUCUGUAAUCUGGAUUUUGUGAAGGACAUCUGCAAGUCUCUGUGGUGCCACAGGACAGGGCACAGAUGUGAGACUAAGUUCAUGCCAGCUGCUGAAGGAACAAGUUGUGGAACAAACAUGUGGUGUCGUAGAGGCCAAUGUGUGAGAUUCGGGGAUCAUGGCCCAAGUGCUGUCCAUGGUCAGUGGUCAGAGUGGUCUGGAUGGUCUGACUGCUCACGUACCUGCGGAGGGGGUGUGAUGUACAGGGAAAGAUCCUGCAACAGCCCCAGGCCGCAAUACAAUGGCAAGUUCUGCCAAGGCUCCAGUCGAUUAUACCAGUUGUGCAACACUAAAGUGUGCGAGCCCAACGGAGUGGACUUCCGUGCCCAACAGUGUGCAGAGUACAACAGUAAGCCCUUCAGGGGUUGGUACUACAAAUGGAAACCCUACACAAAAGUGGAAGAGGAGGACAUCUGCAAGCUGUACUGCAUUGCGGAGGACUUUGACUUCUUCUUCGCUAUGUCCAGCAAAGUCAAGGAUGGCACAUCCUGCUCAGACCACAGAAGGGACGUUUGCAUCGAUGGGAUAUGUGAGCCUGUUGGAUGUGACCAGAUUCUGGGUUCAAAGUCAACUGUGGAUGCCUGCGGUGUGUGUAAGGGAGACAACUCUACAUGCAAGUUCUUUAAGGGCCAGUAUCUCCUGCAGCACAGAGCAAAUGAGUACUACCCCGUAGUGACCAUCCCAGCUGGAGCGAGAAGCAUCCAUGUGCAAGAAAUGGAAAUCUCCACCAGCUAUCUGGCUGUCCUCAAUAUGAAGAAGAAAUACUAUCUGACAGGGGACUGGACCGUUGAUUGGCCAGGAGUGUUCCAAUUCGCUGGGACAGUGUUUGACUAUCAGCGCUCCUUCAACCGGCCGGAGAGCCUAUACGCAGCGGGGCCAACUAAUGAGACGCUGGUCUUUGAAAUCCUGCUGCAGGGGAAGAACCCAGGCGUGGUGUGGGAGUACACCCUACCCAAGAGUGAAAAGAAGCCCAAUUAUACCUGGGGGGUGGUCCGCUCCGACUGUUCGGCUCCCUGUGCUGGAGGUCGGAUCUCAACAAAAGCAAUAUGUUUACAAGACCAGCGAACCCAAGUCAACUCCACUCUCUGCAAUCCCCAAACAAGACCAGUGGUGGGAUCUAUCCUCUGCAACACACACCCUUGCCCAGCUUACUGGAUGACCGGAGAGUGGGAGGCGUGUAGUUGCACUUGUGGGGGUGGCCAGCAGGUGCGUCAUAUCCGAUGCAUCCGCAAAGUGACGUACCAGAGACAGGAGGUUUUGGCACACUCACUGUGCCCUGUCAUAGUCCCGGAACAGGUCCAGCCAUGCAACGUGCAAGCCUGCCCACCAGAGUGGAGCACUGGAGCAUGGUCCCAGUGCUCCAAGACAUGUGGACGUGGUCUAAGGAAGCGCAGCGUGUUUUGCAGUCUCACUGAUCCAGGGCCAAAGGCUGUGGUGGUGCCGGACAGCAUGUGCAAACCACACCACAAACCCAAGUCCCAGGAAACCUGUGUGGUGCGCCGCUGCCCUAAAAAUGACAAGCUACAGUGGCUGACAACGCCCUGGAGUGAGUGCUCCACCUCCUGUGGCGCAGGCAUUCAGAAGAGAGAGCUGUUCUGUGGUGAGAGAAGCCUUCAGGAUGAGUACACGGAGUUCCCCCUGAGAAGGUGCAGGAACCUGCCCAAGCCGGCCCUGGAGCUCCAGCAGGUCUGCAGCAAGGGCGCAUGCCCAGAACCUAAGCCCACGCCAGGCCGGACUGCCAGCGCCAUGGUGAUGGGCUGGUACACCUCACCCUGGCAGCAGUGCUCAGUGUCUUGUGGAGGAGGGGUACAGACCCGUAGUGCACAGUGUUUGAGACAGGGGCGGCCCACUGCAGGGUGCUUACCUCACCACAGACCCCUCACAUCCCGGGCCUGCAACACUCACUUCUGCCCUGCUCCCACACCUGCCCUUAAAGAGGAGCAGCCUUGCCUUGACUCCUUCAGCUGGUGCCACCUGGUUCCUCAGCAUGGUGUGUGCAACCACAAAUUCUAUGGGCAGCAGUGCUGCAAGUCCUGUUCCCUAAAGAAGCAGUAG